CCACAGAUAAUCAAUAAACUUUACGUACUUUUGCGUUUUGCCCUUCUAACUUGACUUUUGACGCGAAGCAAUAAGCAUUGGCAUUCGUCAUUCCAGUUGGUUGGCCUUUGGCCUACUUGUUAUUUCUUUUAUUGUUUCAUUAGCUGUUUGAAGUUUUUAAAUAAAGUAAAUGUAGAACAUAAAUUAUAUUUUUCAUUUGUUCCUUAUACAAUUAUGUUAACUUAUUUCGCUGGACAUGAUUAAUUAGAUUGUAAAAUGCCUAGCAUCAGGAAAUACCGACGUGACACAACCGAAGUCAGCUGUUGUUUAAAAUAUGUAAUUUUUGGUGUAAAUGUUUUAUUUUGGUUUCUGGGAUUAAUUGUGUUGGCGGUGGGUGUGUGGGCAUGGACAGAAAAAGAUACAUUCAGUAAUCUGUCACGCUUGACUAAUAUUGCUUUGGACCCGGCAUUCAUAUUGAUAUGUGUUGGUACAACGACAUUUAUAAUAGGCUUUACGGGAUGCGUCGGUGCCUUGCGUGAGAACACGUGCCUAUUAGCUUGUUAUGCAGUAUUUCUCGCUCUUCUUCUAUUGGCGGAAAUGACAGCUGGAAUAUUAUUCUUCGUGUUUAAAGACUGGAUCAAACAGCAAGCUUCAAGUGGAUUCCAGUCAUUUAUCACACAUUACAGAGAAGAUCCUGAUCAGCAGAAUUUGAUUGACUGGAUUCAAGAAGAUUGGUUGCAAUGCUGCGGUGUAGAAGGUCCCCGCGAUUGGGAUCGCAAUGCAUAUUUCAAUUGUUCAAGUGGUGCUGUUGGUUCUCGAGAAGCUUGCGGAGUGCCUUUUAGCUGUUGCCGGAACAAACCGCAAGACAUCAUCAGGAAUAAACAAUGUGGAUAUGACGUUAGGAAACCUACUUAUCAAUCGAGCGAACGUGUGAUACACGAACGUGGAUGUCUGGCAGCCGGUGAAGAUUGGCUUCAACGAAAUUUCGUACCCGUUGCCGCCGCAGUACUGGGACCACUUGCCCUUAAGAGUUUUGACAUAGCUAAGAUAAUAUAUGACAAGGGUUGUCUUGAGGCCGCUGAAGAGUGGUUCGACCAUAAUCUGUUGAUUGUAGCCACGUCCGCUGUUUGUACUGCUUUUGCACAAAUCCUCGGCAUAUGUUUCGCACAAAACCUCCGCGCGGACAUAUUCGCUCAAAAGGCGAAGUGGCACUGA